AUGGAGAUGGAAGAGACAACACCGCUGCUGCUCGGCGACGAGGCCCAGCGCCACCAGCGCGCACCCAUUUCCGGCUCCUUUCUGCAGGCCCGGAGCGUGCGCUCCAUCUGCUUCGUCAUUGCCCUCUUUUCGUUUCUCCUCUCCGUCUCGGGCGCCGUCAGCGACGUGCCGACGACGCGGCUCAUCGAGGACCACAUCUGCCGGAGCUACUACGACGAGCAGAGCAGCCCGCCGGCGGACAUUGACGAGGCCAUGUGCAAGGUGGACGAGGUGCAGUCGCGGAUGGUCUUUCUGAAUGGCUGGAUCUCCAUGAUCCAAGGGACGCUGGAGCUGCUUGUCGCUUUCCCGUAUGGUAUAUACGCAGACCGCAAUGGCCGCAAGACUGUCCUGCGACUAUCUCUUCUCGGCGUCAUUCUCCAGUCCGUCUAUGGCUGGGGUGUCCUCGCCAUGGGCCAAGCCGUCUCCAUCAACCUGCUCCUCGCCUCGCCGCUGCUUGUCCUCGCAGGCGGCGGAGGCACGGUGCUCGUGUCGACCAUGUACUCCAUCAUCUCCGACGUGGCCGACGAAGCCAGCCGAGUCAAUGCCUUCUUGUCCCUGCUGGUAGGCGGCACCAUGGGCGACUUGGUGGGCCUGCUGCUCGCGUCCCGCCUCAUGCUAUCGUCGCCCUGGCUCCCCAUCGGCCUGAGCCUCGUCGUCAUUGCGCUCGCCGCGGGCACCAUGGUCUUCAUCCCCGAGACGCUGCCGCCGCGGAAGCGCAGCCCCGACUCGGACAUGUACGACGACGGCUCGCCCCUCGCCGCCGUCGGGUCCCACGCGCGCGAGCUCCGGGACCAGCUGGCCACGGCGGCGCGGAUGCUGCGGCAGCCGUCGCUGUGCCUGGUGCUCUUUGCCUUUCUGUGCCCGGUGCCCGUCGGCAUGGCCACGUCGACGCUGUUUGUGCAGUAUGUCAGCAAGCGCUUCGGGUGGUCCAUGGCGUCGGUCGGCUACCUGCUGUCCGUCAAGACGGUCGUCAACAUCCUCGUCAUCGCCGUCGCCAUCCCCGGCCUGUCGCGGCUGCUCACGUCGGGCGCGCUCGUCCGGUCGCUGUCCGUCCGCGACAAGGACAAGAUCCUGGCGCAGGCGUCGGCCUUUGCGCUGGUGAUUGGCUUCGCGCUGCUGGCGGCCGGGUCGAGCAUCGGCGUCGUCGUCGCGGGGCUCAUCGUCAAGACGCUCGGCGGCGGCCUCUCGUCGCUGUGCCGGUCGCUGGCCACGGCGCACACGACGCCCGACAACACGGCCAAGCUGCAGACCGUCAUUGGCAUCAUCACCACCGUCGGCAUGCUCGUCGCGGCGCCGACGCUGGCAUUCCUGUUCUCGCUGGGCAUGCGGCUGGGCGGCGUCAUGAUUGGGCUGCCGUACGCGGCCAUGACGUUCUACCUGGCCGUGACGGCGUUUGCGCUGUGCUUUGUGCGGACCGCCGCGCCAGAGGACGCGGACGCUCUGCCGGAGGCGUACAGCCUGCAAGAGGUGGUGAUGUGCGACAGCGCGUCGAUUCGCAGCUUCCAGUCGCACAACAGCAUGUCGUCGGGCAUACUGCUGCGACGCUCACGGGCAAGCAGCCAUUCGGCUUAG